CACCGACCGCUUGCCAAGCGACGACGUGUCGCUCUCGUCGCGAAGCUGCGCUAAUUUUACACGCCACUUAUUUCCACACCGCACUCCUAACCAUUGACCCACUGACAGUGAAUUGUGUUCUUGCAACGAGUGUGAGUUGCUGUCCUGUCAGCGACCUCCUAGCUGUGAAAACCGUGGCGGACGUGAACGCAAAUCAUGAACGCGUUAUGAUAUAAAAGUAAACAUUAGUGCGAAGUUUAGUGUUUAAACAUAAGUUUUGAUAUAAAAUCUGUUUAUAAAAUUUUUAUGUGUGAAAAUUAACCACAUGUAAACAUAAAGUGCGUGGGCAAUUGUGUCGUAAAUCGAAAAAUGCGCUUUUAAAACAGACGUAUCCUGUCGUGUAUGAGUAAUUCGUCGCGUGUUUAGUUCUUUAAUUAAAUCGAAAUGUCGUCGAGGACUGGUCAACGAGGGACGUCGGUCGCGACGAGUCAAAGGAAGCAUAGGUCGAGGUCAACGCCUAGAUAUGAUCUCGAGAAGAAACCGAAGAAGAAAGACCUCAAGACGGCAGGCACCACCAGCCUCGUGUCGAUACCGAACAGUAUAAAGUUGACGAUGCUGAACAGCGGACUUAUAUCUUUUGACCGAGUGACGUUUAAACCAGAGACCGAUGAAAACGGAUCGAUAUCAGAGACGAUACCGGACCGGCCGGUUGAGCUGAAGAACUUUCCGAAACUCUGCGAGCAACGGAGAAAAUUUCCUGUUCUCUACAAACUUGAGUUUCAGACAGCUAUCAAAGUAGAGACCCACGCGUGUCGUCAUGCGCAGAAGAAGACCAAUCUACACAAAAACCAAAACCAAAAAGUUACUCCAUAUGACUACAACAGAGUGGUGCUGCAAACUGUCGACAGAGAGCCGGACUCCGAUUACAUAAAUGCUUCCUAUAUAGAUAGUAUAUUAAAGCCGAAUGCGUACAUCGUGACUCAGGGGCCAACGGAAGAUACAGUGGUGUCUUUCUGGCGCAUGAUCUGGCAGGAACGUGCCGCCGCCAUCGUCAUGCUUACCAAGACAUUCGAUUUCAUCAAGGUCAUGUGUGUACAAUAUUGGCCGCCGAACAAGGAAAAGGACGAGACGUAUGGAGACAUCAGCGUCGGCAUAGUCCAGGAGGAGGAGCUGGCCAAUUUCCACAUACGCACCUUCAGACUUUACAAAACUGAAAAUCAUGUGGUUGUCGAAGAGAGAUUUCUUCUACAGUUCCACUACACGCAAUGGCACUCUCACACUUGCCCGUUCAGCAACGCACUGUUAGAGUUUCGAAGGCGUGUGAGAGCAGUAGUUGGAAGAAGGUUGGCUUCUAACUCUGCUACUGGACCUAUGGUAGUACAUUGCAAUGAUGGCGGCGGUCGGUCAGGCGUGUACUUAGCUAUUGAUGCCAAUUUAGAAUUAGCCGAAGAAGAAGACUGCUUUGAUGUUUUCGGAUAUUUAAAGAAGUUAAGACAAUCGAGAAAAGGCCUUAUUGAAAACGAGGAACAAUAUAAAUUCGUCUAUGACACACUAGAGGAACACGUAGUAUGCGGAGUUUCCUGGUUUCCCGUAUCCGAUCUGUCACAAAGACUGAAACAGAAAUCCCAAAGGGAUCCCGUGACAAAGCUUAAUGAGUACCAGAAAGAAUAUCAGCAGAUAUGCAAACAGACGCCUCGCUUUACCAUCGGAGACUGCGCUGGUGGCCACAGAGGUGACAAUAGGGAAAAGAACAGAGACGUACUUGUGGUGCCACCUGAUAACUUUCGUCCAUAUUUGACCUCCUUUCAAGGCAAUAGCUUUACAGAUUAUAUAAACGCUGUAUUUGUUGAUGGUUAUACAAAGCCUCGAGAAUACAUAGUGACCGAAUGGCCUUUAGUACGAACACAAGGAGAAUUUUGGUCUCUAGUAUAUGAUUACGAGUGUGCUGCAGUAGUGGUACUAUGUGUGCCGCCAAAGAAUUCUCAACAAUACCCUCCGUUUUGGCCUGAGGGUCGACAUCCCAAGAAAUAUGGCCCAGUCUUCACAAUCGACCAUGUUUCCCACAAUCAUUACACAAAUAUCAAGACUUGGAUAUUUAGGAUUAAUAAGAAAAUUGUAUCAUUAACGGAAUUGAUGGCGGGUGUCAAAGCGCCUCCUAAGACUGUUCAGCUCUUCCAAUUGACCUGCUGGCCCAUGGGUCAUAAAGUCCCAUCAUCUACCAACUCGCUUGUGGAAUUGAUGAACAUGGUCGAAAGGUGGCGACAACGAACUGACUACGGCCCCGUUUGCGUAGUUUCGCCUGAUGGCCGCAGUCGUGCUGGAGUUUAUUGCGCCGCCAACGCCUGCAUAGAACAGGUGAUACAACACGGCGAAGUCGAUGUAUUUCAGGCUGUGAAAACUGUGCGACGUCAUCGACCUCAACUUGUCGAAAACAUGACUGAAUAUAAAUACUGCUACGAUUUAGUUCUUCAUUACGUACUGCAUUAUUUAAAUAAGGAUAUGAAUGAAAAGAAGUGAGAGUGCGAACUCAAGGACGAGCUCUGGUUCAUUGAAUU